AUGGGAACCGCAGGUGAUUAUCGGCAAGCGACGACCGCCUCGGUGUACAGCAUAGAUGCGGAGAACCAGAUCAACAACACCCAGAGAGAUAAUGUUGUAAAGCCUACCAGGUCAUGGAAGAGUUAUGUGUGGGAUACAUGGGAGCUCCCACCAGAUCAACGCUGGAUGUUGUUUAAAGUAGAUGCUUUCGUCCUUACCUUCGCAUCUCUUGGUUAUUUUUUGAAAAAUAUCGACCAAUCAAAUGUCAACAAUGCCUUUCUUAGUGGCAUGGAGGAAGAUCUCGAGAUGUUCGGCAAUCAACUAGUGACUAGCACAUCUAUCUGGACCGUGGGAUAUGUUAUUGGCCAAAUUCCGUCCAACUUGUUGUUAACCAGAGUCUCGCCUCGAUGGGUCAUCCCCUCACUAGAGGUAGGAUGGGGACUCGCGACUAUCUGUACAUCAAGUGUCAAAUCGUACCAAGCUCUGUAUGCUUUGCGCUUUCUUGUCGGGUUCUUUGAAUCAGGAUUUUACCCCGGCAUCCAUUACUUACUAGGAUCAUGGUACACGCCACGGGAAAUUGGAAAGCGGGCUAUGAUAUUCUGGCUCGCUGGUUCAGUGGGCACUUUGUUCAGCGGUUUUCUCCAAGCUGCAGCAUAUACAAAUUUGAAUGGGACACAUGGUUAUGCUGGAUGGCGCUGGCUUUUUAUUAUUGAUGGUAUCAUUACACUACCACUUGCGCUCGCUGGAUAUAUAUUUUUCCCCAACCUACCACAAAGCGGGAAGAAGACAUGGUGGACAACAGAAGAGGAGCAUCUUAUGUCAAUAAAGAGAAUGGAGAACAUUGGACUUGCUGGCAAGCAGCCUUGGACUAAGGCAAAGGUGAAAGCAAUUCUGUUUAGCUGGCAUACAUAUCUUCUUCCUUUGCUAUACAUCCUUUGGAACAAUGGCCUGCCACAGGCUGGUAUGGGCUAUUGGUUGAAAAGUUUCAAUGCUGACCCUCCUCCUGUCCCUGGGACGUCUUACACUGUCGGACAGAUAAAUAACUUACCUCUCCCUACAACUGGUAUACUCAUCGCUAUGUCAUUAAUUUGGGCUUGGCUGUCCGAUGGGCCAUGUCGUGGUGCUCGCUGGCCAUUUAUUUAUGCCGGCGCUGUUUCUGCUCUUAUUUUCUGCUCCCUCAUGAUGAAGCUGCCAUUUUACACAAACAUUAAGGGCCGUAUGGUUGUCUAUUGGCUGAGUAAUAUUGGUGGUGGUGCCGGUCCUUUAAUCUUGAGUUGGAUCAACGAGAUCUGCUCGGAUGAUACAGAAAAGCGAGCGCUGCUUGUUGCGAUGGCUAACGAUCUUGCCUAUGUUGUACAAGCUGUCGCUCCCAACUUUAUGUGGAAAACUACAGCAUUCCCCCGCGCUCCCAAAGGAUAUACUUGGUCGAUCGUACUCCAAGUAUUGCUCAUCUUGAGCACCGCAACCGUGCAAUUCCUUUUGUGGCGCGAUAAGAAAAAAGCAGCCAAGGCAGAGGCGGGUAUCUCAGUUGUUGACCCUCUCGAGUCAUCGUCUAUAGAGGGAGAUACAUCAGUUGGAUCUAGUGAGGACGUUGGAAAAGUGGCUAGCACUUCUCGAGUGAAGCAAGUUGGCUUGGAUUAA